UUUGUCUUCUAUGGAGAUGAAAGACAUGACAUUGUGACAAAUGUUGGUUUGUUGUGACAAAAACUUUUACCACAUUCUAAAGAUGCAUCCUAACAACUGCUAGAAGAGUGAAAACCGUCACUGUUGGGAAAUCUCAGCCGAAUUCGUGUAGAUUGUUAAACAGACAGACGGACAGACAAGGGUUGUCUAACAUUAACAGCGGUUGAUAUUAAUUUUCUUGUCCUCUUAUCCUUUGUUGUUUAUUUAUUUAUUUAUUGUCCCCUAUAACUCGAGAAAAGCGAAGUGUGAAGUUCAUCUUUUAAAACCACAAGCAUAGAUCUUUUAAAACCGCUAACGCAAAUUAAUUCUCCAGUAUGUUUUCCGUGUGCAGUCUUGUGUAUUGGUCCUGCUAGUAGUCCGGUAGGUGUGGAUUCUCACAACAGUGCGGGGCUGUCUGCCAUAUUACCUGAAUAUCUGCCCCGCUAUUUGCGCUUUGAUCUCCUCAAUCCAAUUAUUUAUGUGUGUAAACGUCCUGCGAGGAGAUUACUUCUCCGCCCUCGACAACCCCGUUAAUAACAAGUUAUAAUCGCCUCUAUUAUGACUGUAAACAAUCUCUCUCUUAGAACUUUGUAUUUUGAAAGGAUUUAAUUUCCUUUUAAACUAACCCGCCUAUAGAUUUCAAUUGGCUCGCGGCAAACUUCAAAGACAUUGUCAAGUGUUUUGAUUGGCUCGCGGAAACAUCAGAGAGAUUAGACAGGGGUAAACUAUUUACGAUUUUUAACAAGAAAAACUUUGAUUUUGUACAAGACGCAAAACGACUGUACAUUCUACGUUCAAUCUACGCGAUGUCUGGCUGUUAAUUUUCACAACUUUUAAUUGCUUGUGGUAGUAAACACGUGUUAUUUUAAGGAGUAUGGCUACGGUGCUUGCAGCACCCCAUUCUUUCCAUUCCUCAUUACAGUACACAUUAACCGACCCUUGUAUCGAUGGCCGACACAUGAUGGCCCAGAAUCUUCCAAGGCCUUCCGAAUUAGUCCGACCAACGCCGAACCAUCCUAUGCAAAUGUGGCAAAAUCUUAGAUCCACCGACAUGAUGUCGUCUCUCCGUUCACCACUGCACCCUCUACAGCAUAUGAUGGCCCCGAACGUUUACCCUAACGACCAGGCACACCGAGAGGCGUUUAAUUACGAACUUCAUCAAGCUCGAUUGAGACAGCAAGAACUCCUUACAAGUGACAGACAAUUUCUACGAACUCCUGCUCCGUCCGUGUGUGCGCAUCCCCCGUUUUCUUCCACGUCUCCGUCCAUGCCUCACCAGCAUGUCCAUAAACAGUUGUCACCCCCGCCAGCAUCUGAAGCGGAAGUGUCGUGGUGGAGCGUGCCCACACUUCCUGAUAUGAAAAUGAGGCUGGCAUCCUCUGCGAUGGUGUUCGGACAGCAGACAUAUGGGGACUUCCCUUUCCGAUCCCAAUAUCCCAUUUUAUCAGGAGUGAAACCGAUCCUGACCCCCACACGCCGCUGCCGAAGAUGUCGAUGUCCAAAUUGUCAAUCUGCCAAAAACAGUGACAGUCCCAGUAAAAAGAAGCAACACAUAUGUCAUAUUGCAGGAUGUGGCAAAGUUUACGGCAAAACAUCACACCUAAAAGCACAUUUGCGAUGGCAUUCUGGAGAAAGACCAUUUGUUUGUAACUGGUUAUUUUGUGGAAAAAGUUUUACACGAUCAGAUGAGCUACAGAGACAUUUACGAACCCAUACCGGAGAAAAAAGAUUUGCUUGUAAAGAGUGCGGAAAACGGUUCAUGAGGAGCGACCAUCUAAGCAAACAUAUCAAGACACACGACAACAAGCGCCCGAAGGAGGGGGAAGUUGCGUCCGAGAACGACACAUCGAAUGCGUCCGAGGACGAAGAUGAAGAUAUUGAUGUGGAUGGGAUAGACGAAUUCGAAGAAAUUUGUGAGAAUGUUGAUGUGGACGUUUAGAUAUACAGUGAACGUUUUUGUAAUUGCUCAUUAACAAUAUACAUGUAGAUAUACAAGUAUUACAUAGGAAUUGGUGCAAUGCAAGGUUACCUGUGAUGGAAAUUCUGUGAGUGCUAUUCUGUUUAAUUUACCUUUUAAUUAAAGUGCUCGCGUCUUAUUAAUUGCAAAUAAUUUAUGUUACUAAAUGUAUGUGCAUUUGUGUUGUGUAACUUUACUUCAGCGAGUCAGUCUGAAGGAAAUAUAUGCAUAUUCUAAUAAAACAUUAAACCUUA